CGAGGUUUUCCUUCGAUCCUUCGCGGCGGCGGUCCACGCAUGAUGUUCAACAUGUUCACUGAGCCCAAGCUCAUCGAGCCGGAGAAGGCACUGCCUGGUCGCGAGGCGCCGAUGCGGGUUUCCGACCGCCAUGCUGUCCUCGGGAGCAAGAUGAAGGGCCCCUGGCCCGCGGGGUACAAGGUGGCUGUGUUUGCCAACGGCUGCUUCUGGGGCUCCGAGAAGGGCAUCUGGCGGCUGCCCGGCGACGGCAUUUACACGACAGCGGUUGGGUACGCCGCGGGCUUCACGCCCAACCCGACGUACGAGGAGGCAUGCUCCGGCAGGACGGGCCACACGGAGGCGGUGCAGGUCGUCUUCGACCCGGAGAAGGUGUCGUUUGUCGACAUCCUGCGCUGGUUCUGGGAGGCGCACGACCCGACGAGCGGGAUGGGGCAGGGCAACGACCGCGGCACGCAGUACCGCUCCGGCUUCUACUGGUUCGAUGACGAGCAGAAGGCACUCAUCGAGGCGUCCAAGGCGGCAUACGGAAAGGCGCUCGGCAAGAGCAUCACCACCGAGACGGCGGCCGCCUCCGACUACGACAAGUAUGGCGGCGUCUUCUACUACGGCGAGGACUACCACCAGCAGUACCUCGCCAAGCCGAUGGCGCGGCCCUACUGCUCGGCGCAGCCCCAGUGCGUGUCGCUGCCCCCAUUCGAGGAGUGGGCCCCGCCCGGCCUCGAGCACCACGCGCCCAAGCUUCCCGAGGCCUUCUGGAAGAGGCACGGCCCGAAGCCGCACUGCGUGAUCCGCUCGCCCGACGAGCCGAUCAAGUGGGGCGACUGGUAGAGGCAGGGGAGGCUGGUUGAGGCUCGGCCGCGCGGUCCGCUGGGAGCCGAGCCAGCGUGGCACUGCGGCCUGAGUUUUAGAGCAUGGGGUGGCCGGGAGACAGAUUGAGCGCAUUGAUGUAGAGUAAGGUCUCCGUUCAAUCGAGGAGAUUUCAUCACGCUGAUGCUAUCUC